CACUCGGUGGCAGCCAUGGAAGUCUUUUCUACUACUGCUAACGCAUUUUCAGUCGUUGGUCUAGCCGAUAUAGUCAUCAAAUACGGCGUAGGUCUUUAUGAGACGUUGUCAAAAAUCAAACAAGCACCACAAGAGACAAAGGAACUCCUUGCUGAAAUAAAGGACGUUGGAGAGGUCGUUGCGCAAGUCCGAAUCUUUGGAGAUGCGUAUGAACAGUCCGAUUAUCCCGGCAAAGAUAAACUGAUCCUGGAGCGCGUUCGAGCGUUGUUGAACCGGUGCGAGCAAGAACUACUACUGCUCCAAAAGCAUGCCGCCGACACAGUCAGCGCUCAAACCGAUAACUGGCUUUUGAGAUACACAAAAAAUGCAACUUGGGUGUGGAGCAAGCAAGAAAUUGCGCAAUCAAGUCGAAGGCUUCAGAGGUUAAGAAAAGAGCUUGACACUACACUACUUCUAGCUGGAAGGGAAAACGACAUUACCAUUCAUGCCGAGGUCAAGGCCACACACACUGAUGUCGUCAACUCAGGAGCUGCUAUAGAGUCCUGCAUCUCUACGCUCCAAACUCAAGUCAAUUCCGCCACCAAGUCUGCCGCGGACAAAUUUGCAUCAGCCCAAAAGGAAGCAGAGAUAUUCGCACAUCAAACUAAGACAGAUCUGAAUAUUGUCACUGCAGCGACAGCUCAGGUACAGAAGACGGUAGAAGCCGAGACAGACGAAGUAAAGAGGGACAUUAGAGCAGCUACGUCUACUGCUGUUACCCAAUAUGCUUCUCUCAACCACAGCAUCUCACGGAAUGCAGUAAUUGUGAACAAGAAUAUCAAAAAUGCUUCCAAAGCAAUGACAAAGCCUCACAUACGGCAAUCACGACAACAGAUAUUGAACACAUCAAAGAUACUGGCAAAAAUAGAUGAUACAGAAAGCACUAUCGUCAAGCAUGUCUCUUCCAUCCGCUUCACCCGGAAUUCGGAACAAACAUUCAGAUUUUAUGGAGAGAACAUUGAAUCACUGACGCUACCAUUGUCUCUCAUGCACUCUGGUCUCCUCAAGGCACUACCCGGCCUCAUGUCGAAGCCAGAGAUGCAAAUAUCCCGCGCAGAGGCUACCUGGAUACAGCAACAAAUCGAAGCUAUUAUGGCACGCAGUUACGAUUUUUCGGCAGCAUCAGCACGUCAGAAGGAAACACAUUGUCGAUAUACCGGAGAUAUUCUGCUGGGAACCUCACAGCCUUUGAUGGGCGAGCCAUACGAAAUUUCCAGGGUAACGAAAUCUUAUGAGGCAAGAAAAUACCGCGUCAUACCAACGCAAUGCGGUCUCAUACUCAUGAAGGUCACGGAUACUUCCGAAGCAAAGACAGUUUCCAGCUUUGAGGCUCAAUCUUUAACUUUCGAAUUAUCCUUCCUUCCAAACAACAGCCUGCCUGUCCCUGCUCUUUCGGUUGCAUUGGCUAAAAUAACCGGACAAUUAGCCUCUCAACCAACUGUCCUCCCUUCCGUCCGUGUAUGGAAUAUGAGAAACUUCGGUUCAGAAGUUUUCCAAGUUGUACAUGAUAACGAUGUGGAAGCACUGAGGAGUCUUUUCGAACAACGACUCGCGUCUCCAUUUGAUCGCAGCCCUACAGGUAAUUCACUGGUUUACUAUGCCUGUAUGAGCUGCGCUGCCGAUGUGUUUGAAUUCUUAAUACAUCAAGCUGUCGGUCUUCUUGAUGAUACGAACGAAGAAGACAAAAUACUACGGGAGAGCUUCCAUGGCGGACAUAACAAAGAACCAUGGGGUCCUGUUUGUCGCAUACUACGACUCGCCCACGCAAAUGGGUGGGGCUCUGGAUCUGAAGAAGGCAAAGUUGAUUGCCUGCUGUGGGUUUUAUCAAAUUUCAUGAUCCACUAUGAGAUUUCACAAGAAACCUUCGAGCUAUUCGACAUACUUUCCAGUUUCGCGCAAGGUUUCCAUGUACCAUUUGAAUCCAGGGCCUUUCUUUCCCUGGCCUCUUGGCUCUGGCCAUAUACCAACUUGCACCAGUUCUUUACUACAAUGGUGGUAGAUGCGAACGUAGUUGACAAUCAUAAUCGAGGCGCACUUCAUUACACACUGGAAGCUAUGGUAUCCCGAAAUACCUCAAAGUGCUCUCUUGAAGGCUAUAAGCAGUUGCGCUUUCUAAUAGAGCUCGGCUGCUGCCCUCAUUUAGAAGAUGAGGAUGGAUUUACCCCCACCGAUUAUGCGCGGAUGGACAAAGGAAUUUUCGCCAUGUGGUGGCAUGCCGUGGUUGAUUCGGGUCACUUACCUUGCGAAGUCUUUGGUGGCGACAGUAUAAGUCUGGAGGAAACUGCAGAAGAAUUCGACCAGCUACCAGGCCUAGGCAUCGGAUACUCGUAUGAGAUACAAGAUGAUUUUUUAGGCAACUCCUGGUUCGAGUUGUAUGAGCCACUUGCAUUGGCGGGUUCUAUUCUCAUGCGAAGAUUCUGGCAUUGUGACCUUGACACGUGGGGAGAUGGAUUUGAUUUGUAUGAGGUAUUGAGUACGGACUUGUUGGCGAGAACUGGAUGUUCGAGGACGUGGAGUUAUUUAGUUGGGAUGACGCGGAGUUGUCUGAUUUUGGUGACGUGGAUGACUCUAGUCAGCUGGGAGGCAUGGAGUUGUCUGUUUUGGAUGAUGUUAAUUGAUCGUUGUAGCGAGAUAGUUUCUUGUAUAUUGCUUCUGUCACAG